AGGUUGUACUGCUGGUCACACUUGUGGCAUUGUAUCACUGCUCGGAGAGGGCAAUGCAGUACAGAGUUGCACUCCAUGACAGAGUAAGGGAGAGAUUGGACCUGAAGGAGGCCACACAGAAAAAGGUGCAAAAGAGGUGGAAGACCGCAGGCUCAUCUGUCAUUGAGCUUUUGCGUUCAACGCGGAACGACCCCUUGAACUAUUCAAGAGCGGAAAGCAUCUCAAGUGAAAUAUCCCACGCAAGCUUAUACAACUCACCCAAGAGGGGUUUCGAACACAUUGUCAACACACUGGUGGAACAAGAGGACAUGGUUGGCAAUGGGUUGGUGAAAGGGAUAGAGCUGGAGUUCACAAACCUAUCCCUGACUCUGAAGAGCUCGGGAAAAAGGAUAUUGGAUAACGUUACUGGCAAGCUUUCACCUGGACGAGUAACUGCAGUUAUGGGACCCUCAGGAGCUGGGAAGACAACCUUUCUGACAGCCCUUGCAGGCAAGAAAAGCAACCAGACGUCUCUGUCCGGAAAAGUGCUAGUCAAUGGAAAGGAAGAUAACAUACGUGCGUAUAAGCGCAUUAUUGGAUUUGUCCCCCAGGAUGAUAUCGUACAUGGAAAUCUCACAGUGGAGGAGAACUUAUGGUUCAGUGCCAGAUACCGUCUGCCUUCAAAGAUGACAGAGAAGCAGAAGGCGUCCAUAGUGGAGAGAACAUUAAGAUCACUAGGGCUGUCUGCAAUACGACAUGCAGAGGUUGGCUCUGUUGAGAGGAGAGGGAUAUCUGGGGGGCAGCGUAAGCGAGUGAAUGUUGGUGUGGAGAUGGUGAUGGAGCCUUCAUUACUGAUCCUGGAUGAGCCCACGUCAGGACUGGAUAGCACAUCAUCGCGACUUGUCAUUCAGGCAUUGAGGAGGGAAGCCAAGCGGAAUGUAAAUGUUGGGGUUGUCCUGCAUCAGCCAAGUUAUACUAUUUUUAGAAUGUUCCAUGACGUCAUGUUUCUAGCAAAAGGCGGGCGUGUUGUCUAUCAUGGACCAGUUGAAGCUGUGGAGGAGUAUUUUGCGAACCUAGGAUUUAGUAUUCCAGAACGGAUUAACCCACCUGAUCACAUUAUGUGAGGGCCCUCUAUUGAUUCGGAAUC